AUGACGGUCGCUACUAUCAAAUGUGUGGUAGUCGGUGAUGGUGCCGUGGGCAAGACUUGCCUCCUGAUCAGCUAUACGACGAACAAAUUCCCGUCAGAAUACGUGCCAACUGUUUUCGACAACUACGCCGUCACCGUCAUGAUUGGCGACGAGCCAUACACUCUCGGUCUCUUCGAUACUGCAGGACAGGAAGAUUACGAUCGUCUGCGCCCUCUGUCGUAUCCUCAGACCGACGUCUUCCUAGUCUGCUUCUCCGUCACAGCACCCGCCUCUUUCGAAAACGUGCGCGAAAAGUGGUUUCCCGAAGUGCACCACCACUGCCCCGGCGUGCCUUGUCUGAUUGUCGGCACGCAAACCGAUUUACGAGAGGACAACUCGGUCCGCGACAAACUCACAAAGCAAAAGAUGCAGCCUGUGAGAAAAGAGGAUGGUGAACGGAUGGCGAAAGAGCUGGGUGCUGUCAAAUACGUGGAGUGUUCCGCAUUGACUCAGUUCAAGCUGAAGGACGUCUUUGAUGAGGCCAUCGUGGCUGCGCUGGAACCUCCGGCUGUGAAGAAGACGAAACGCAAGGGCAAGGGUUGUGUUCUGCUGUAG